GGCUUAGGACCAGCAGCAUGCCUGACUGUUCUCUCUCCGUCGCAUCCCACAUUGCAGCUUUUAGCUUGACGGAAACAAGUGACGGGAGGCUUCAAUGCUCUUGGUCAUCUCCCGAAUACGUCGCGACAAAAUCGAAUAUUCCGCAACAUUCUCGACUCUCGUUCACCCGUGCGCUCCGAUAGCUGGAAUUUUCCCCGCUUCAUUUGCUGACGACCGACUCUCGCUCGGCGACCUGUUUUGAUCCUUCUGAUCGCGAACCGUCUCCGGACUCUUGCUACGUGCAUCCUCUAGUCUUCGGCCCUUCAACGUGCCCUCAUUCGAUAUACCGCGCAUAUCUGUGCGACGUAUCACCGCGAUACACAGUGGGGUCCCCGCAGGUCAUGGCGUCAGUAUCGUCCUUGGACAAGGACUUGCGUAAAUUGCGCUUGGACAGGUACACCCCUGCGGCAGCGAACGAAGUCAAGUCAUGGAUCGAAGGUGUGUUGGGAGAGAGCCUUCCAUCGGGGGAUCUUCUGGGGGGGCUCAAGGACGGCGUGGCUCUUUGCAAGCUCGUUAACCUGGCCGUCCCCCCUCCCGGCGUCAAGUUCAAACAGUCGGCCAUGCCGUUUGUCCAAAUGGAGAAUAUCUCCCACUUCCUACGGGCCUGCAAACUACCACCGCUGAACCUCCAAGAACACGAUGUUUUCCUAACCGUCGACUUGUACGAACAAAAGGACCCAACGCAGGUCUUGCAAUGCAUAGGGGCGUUUAGCCGUGCCGCUCAUGCCGUCAAUCCCGCGAGGUUCCCCUCCCCUAUUGGGCCGAGGCGCAGCAACGUUCUGAGCCCCCAGAGUACGGGUCCCGGAAGCGUACAUACACCGACGCCCGGUCGCGACCGCGGUUUAUCCACAGCCAGCAAUACGUCGUCUGUGCUCGGCUCCCAGCGUUCCGUGCUGGCCGGUCAUCAAACAGGAGACUCGCCCUCCGGGAAGUGGAGCCCCACGAAAAGUGCGUCCCCAGUUAGCAGCUGGAGCAAGAAGGCGCAAGAAGGGGUCACGGCGCCUGCAUGGAACAUCGCCCAGUACGGCUACAUGGGCGGCGCCAGCCAAGGCAACCUCGGCAUCUCGUUUGGUGGACGGAGGCAAAUCACCGGCGUCGGGCCGUCUGUCCCGAGCGCGGCCGAGAAAGAACGCAAGAGGCGGGAACGCGAGGCCGAGGAGGAGCGACAGCGACAGCAGGCGCUAGAGGCGGAGCGGCGGCGGAAAGCCGAGGUGGAAGCCGAAGAAGAACGAGCUCGGCUCGAAGAGGAGCGGAGAUGGGAAGAAGAGACUCGCCGGGUCCGAGAGGAAGAGCGGCGGAGAGCUGAGGAGGAGAAGAAGAGGUGGGAAGAGGAGGAACGACAAUGGAGGUUAACGGAAGAGAAACGUCGCAAAGAGGAAGAAGAGGUCGAGGCACGUCUGGCACGUCUGGCAGAGGAGAGAAGCCGCGCACGGACCCAUAGCGAUGCCCGUCUGCGAGGGCAGUUCCUCAGCCAAUACCAGGCGGAGCAAGGGCUGAAGGCACAGAAAACGGGAGCUGACCGCAUCGCCGAGUUGGAGAGGGAACUCGAACUAGCACGAGAGCGCGAGAGGCAGUACGAACGAGAACGCCAGGAGCGCGCUAGGAGGCAAGGAGGGGGCACCAGCCAAGAGGAGGGCGGCGAUGAUAGCAGGGUGGUGAUGGUCCGACCUCGAUCCAGGAGUCGGCCGGCGGCGGCUGCUCGUCCGCCAAGCCGGCAUGACUCUUGGUCGCGCGACGAGCGGGAGAUCCUUCGCACGAAAUGGAAUCAGCACCGAGGGGAGACAGCGGCUGAGGCCGUUCCAUCCCCUCCUCAGCCUGUCACAUCGCCUCGGCCUCUCCCCGACCCGGCGGCAGCAGCCGUCCCAUCGCCGCCGCAGAAGGUCACAAGCCAUAACACGGGUGGCGCAAGGCCGCUUCCGGACCCGACCGCCUAUAUGGCCUCAACAACUGCAGCUGCAGCUGCCGCUCCCCAGAGCCGCACAGAAAGGUAUCUUGCGGACAAUCCCGCUCCGCAGCGGGAGAAGGCGGCCAGGCAGUCGUAUUCCCGGGAGCUGGACGCCACAGCCGAGCGGGACGCGGAAGAUCGCCGCCGCGUCCAGAGCCAGGAGAAGACCGAGGCUGGGAGUUGGGCAUCCAAGUCGCUCCUAGAGCGCGAGAUGGAGAUGGAGCGGCAACGGCAGCGGGAAUGGGAAGAGGCCCAGAAGGAGACGGCCAAGGCGGCACGCUCCAAUGAUGGCGUGGAUGGCAUUGGCGGCGGUAUCGGCGGCAGGUGGGACGUCGGUCAGUGGUCCGGAUACACUGGGGGGGAUGGCCAGAAUAAGGGGAAUCAGGGGAUCGGGGCCGGGAGGCGGCAGAUUGUGGGACCCCGGCCAUUGCCUGGACCUAGGUGACGGGGGACGUUGUUAUGCCAGAAGACGAAAAUCAUGUUUACUUAUACCCGCCUGAGCCAAUGGAGCCGAUGUUCCAACGUUUUAUUUUGUUCCAAGGUGAUCAGCCAACGUCUUCCUUUGAAGCAAAGGCCUGACGCUUGACACAACCGACGAGAGGGCUCUGGCGUAUGGUGGUAGUGCCUAGGGUCGCCGCACCGGAACGGGGUGAACCUUUACUCCCAACACCAACUACCUGAGAUGAUCUAUGCCUGAUGCUCUUGGACGCAGGAAUGGCCACCGACU